UAUUGAAGUAUUUGAAUAAACCGCCACAGUUGGUAAUCGUUCUCAUAGUGUUACCAACGUCAGCAAAACAAAAAUAAAAAGGAUAAUAAAAAGUUGUUACUAACAUGAAUUCGGCAAGUAAGGUAGGUGAAAUUUUCACCGCAGCCGGUGCGGCAUUUAACAAAUUGGGCGAAUUAACAAUGCAAUUACAUCCAACUACGGAUUCACCAGCCGGUAAAUGGACUGAUGAGGAAAUUGAGAUGCUCCGUCACUCGGUAAAGACAUUUAGUGAAGAAUUAAACAAAAUUAGUGAACACAUCAAAGGAAGAACUGUAUCACAGAUUAGAACUACUUUGAAAAAGAAAGCUUUUGAGGAAGCUGGAGUUCCCAUCAGACAGCAACAAAUUUUACAACAACCUCAACAACAGACUAAUACACCACAGCAGCAGCAACAACAGCAACAACAAGUUCAAAAAGUACAACAGGUUACAGGAAACCAAGGACUGAUGGGAAAAUCAGCUGAGGUUACGCUGAACAUGUUAAACGCAUCGGAAUCUGAAGUCGACGUUGAAGGAUUACCGGAGGAGUGUCAAGUUAAGCUUGAAUUUGAAGGAGCGACGGAGGAAGUUGCUUCCUAAUAUACAGAAUAUAAUAUAUUGUAUCCUUAAUGUUAAUUUAUUAUCUUCGUUUCAAAAUGAAUUUAGAAUCGGAAAUUUUAUAAAAAAAAGUAAGAAACUAAAAAAUUAAGAACUUUUAUUAAAAUAAAAAUUUUUUAAUAAAAUAA